AGGUGAGGGCUAAUGGUAUGUUCUCAGCGUUCCUUUUCACGGAAGUUCCAAAAGCGUCCAUAGACAGCUUCUGGUGUACUUCCGCCCUCGGAUUUUUCAGUGAAAACAGAGAAAUGACGGCGACACUGCGUCCGUACUUGAAUGCGGUGCGUGCUACACUUCAGGCCGCCCUAUGUUUAGAGAAUUUCUCCUCUCAGGUAGUUGAACGUCACAACAAGCCUGAAGUGGAGGUUCGGAGCAGCAAAGAGUUGCUUUUGCAGCCUGUCAUCAUCAGCAGAAAUGACAAAGAGAAGGUUUUGAUAGAGGGCUCCAUCAACUCUGUGCGUGUCAGCAUCGCUGUUAAACAGGCUGAUGAGAUCGAGAAAAUCCUCUGCCAUAAGUUCAUGCGCUUCAUGAUGAUGAGAGCAGAGAACUUCUUCAUCCUGCGGAGAAAGCCUGUGGAGGGCUAUGACAUUAGCUUUCUCAUCACAAACUUCCACACGGAACAGAUGUACAAGCACAAACUGGUGGACUUCGUCAUCCACUUCAUGGAGGAGAUUGACAAGGAGAUCAGCGAGAUGAAGCUGUCAGUCAACGCCCGUGCUCGCAUCGUCGCCGAGGAAUUCCUCAAGAAUUUCUAAGAAACAAUAGUGUCUGCAGUCUGCGCACUGGCCAUGUGACGCCCAACACCAGGGUGACUAAGGGAGACACAAGGUGCCUCUGAGACAGCAAUGCUACUCUACAAAACGACAGACUUGCCAACCAUGGAGCGGUAGAUCGACUCCAACCCUGUUUGAGUAGCAUCAGCAUGCAGUUGCACUGUCCACAGUAGCAAAUAAGAGCCAUAACUAAUCCUUUAGUCCCACACUUGACUCAACCAUCUCUGCUCAGUCCCCAGCUCAAGGCUUGUCUGUCAAACCAGUUCAGCACUGUGAUAAUGGCCAGUGUACCACAGUUUUUACGAACAGUUAUCAUGUGUAACAGAAUGUCAUUCAUCCACAUUGUUGUGAUCUCCCUCUCUUGCCACCAAUUUAGACGUCUGACGCCACUAAAGGGUCAAGGUACACACAAGACCAGAUUUGUUCCUGUCAUUCUAAUGGAUGUUCUUCUGUUUUAUAUAAAAUAUAAUAUAUGCAUGUGUACUACAGUGUUCCUUAGUUUAUUUUGUUAUGAAAAUAUGUCACCAUAUCAGGAAAGGAGGUCUAUGUGGAAUAAGUUUAAAAUAAGGCAAAUGUUGUGUGUGUGUGUGUGUGUGUGUGUGAGAGAGUAAAACUGAGGUGAAAUACCUUAGGCUUCUGCGCUUGUGAUGCACUCAGAUGUAGACUGGACAUUCCAAAAUUCAGAAGCUAUUAACACCCCGUGCUUUCUAAUGUAAUUCAUUUUUCAUCGUUUUCUACUUUAUGCAAUAAAUGUUUAUGCACAGUGACCAAA